AUUUUCCAAGAAUAUAGAGGAGUACUGUAAAGAGUUUGAUUUUAAGAGAUGUUGAGGACAAAUAAUAGACUAGCUCAUCAAUAGAUUUUAUCAGUAUAUCUCCAAUGGCAGACUCUGAGCAUGGAAUAGAUGAUGUAAUUGAAGGGAUCAAGAACAUGGAAAUGGCAGACAGGUUACCUGGUGAUGUGGAAAGCUCCGCCAUUAGUAUCCUGAAGAGGGCGGUAGAAUUAGAAUCCAGUAAGCGCUAUGAUGAGGCGGCGACAUGUUAUCAGGAGGGCCUACAGUUACUGCUAGAUGUUCAUAAAGGAGAAACAGAUGUGACAAAGAAAGGUAGACUUCGACAGAAAAUAGAAGAGUACAUGGGUAGGGCCGAGGAACUGAAGAAGUUUGUCAAGGAGGAAAAAACAGGUCAUCUGAGUAAACACAGGUGA